AGGUUGGCAAGGAGAUGUAUAUAUGUACCCGUGGAAGACUCCAGGUUGUGGAUACAGACGGCAAAACCGUCUUAGCCACUCUUAAGGCCGGUUCGUACUUCGGAGAGAUUUCUAUACUCAAUAUAGGAACAGCAGGAAACCGUCGGACUGCCUCUGUAAGAUCUGUAGGUUACUCAGACCUGUUUGUUCUGAGUAAACAGGAUAUGUGGGACGUAUUGAAGGAUUAUCCUGCAGCCAGGGUUCGGCUUGAAGCCAUAGCUGCUAAGAAGCUGGAGAAAUAUAAAAAGGUUCCGCUUGAGAAAGCAUCAUUGCCCCGAAGUUUAUCAACACCUGGACUUCUGGAGAGUGGGGGCAGGGUACCCCUGGAAGAUAUGUGGGUAUCCCCCCUCCCCCUCCCCCCUUUACCAGGGGGCAGGAUAUCACCGGCUCCUUUUAAAGGAGGAUAUGUAUCCCCUAUACCUCCUGGACCCUCCUCCCCCUUCCAGGCUUCAAGAUCCAGCUCUCCUGAAUCAAUGGGUCCUAUGAUAAGACGAGGGGUUGACUCUCCUCUCUCCCAGUUCUCCGGUAGGACCAAGAUGUACAAGGAACCAAACCAGAGGGGUGAGAAGAGUUCCAGGAGUCCUAAACUUAGAAAUAGACAAUUAGCGCACAAGGAAUCUGAUAUAUCACAGACCUCUGAUAUCUCUGGACUAGGAGGAGGAGGAGUAGUAGAGGGAGCUAGUAGAUCUAUCCAACCCUCAUCCUGGACAAAUCCAGUAGCUAGUCAUACACUUCAGGUGAUAGCAGCCACUCCUUCCCCAUCCUCUUCAUGCGAGACUACAAUCCAUCAUUACCUUCCUCUUUCAUAUGCGAGCCAAGUAUCUUCAAUGGAAGUAGGAGGAGGAGGGGGGAGUACCAACUCCACCAGACCAUCAUCUCACAAUCUAAACACAUUCAGUACCUUAGCAGGAACCAACUCAAACCUACUCAUGGUAGCUCCUGGAGUAGGAUCAGAGAGAGAGAUAAGAACUGAGGAUCCUGGAACCACGUCCUUGCAGGCAAACCAGCUCAUAAUGGAGAUCAAACGGCUCAGAGAAAGGCUGAGAACCCUUGAAUCUGAGAAUACAAGUAUGUCUGUCCAACUGUCUCAAACCCAGCGAAGUGUUGAUCUUAGGCUUACAGAGAUAGAACUCCAGAUUGGUUGUGAGAGCGGAGAGGAGUCAGACUCAGGGAGUAUAGAGGAGGAGAGAAACCAGGAGUCAUUCAUUUAGAGAAACAAGGAGUCCUUUAUCUAUAGAAACAAUAAGUCCAUUAUCUAUAAAAACCCUAGGAGUCCUUUAUCUAGAGAAACUAGAAAUUUAUUAUCUAGAGCAACCAAGAGUCCUUUAUUAAGAGAAACCAGGAGUACUUUAUCUAGAGAAACCAGGAGUUCUUUAUCUAGAGAAACCAGGAGUCCUUUAUCUAGAGAAACCUGGAGUCCUUUAUCUAGAAAAACUAGGAGUCCUUUAUCUAGAAAAACCAGGAGUCCUGUAUCUAGAGAAACUAGGAGGCCAUCAACUAGAGAAAGUCCUUUAUCUAUGGAAACAAGGAGUUCUUUAUCUAGAGAAUAGAGUUUUUCUUUAUCUAGCGAGUGUACCGGAGUCCUUUAUUUAGAGAAUUUACUGGAGUUCUUUUAUAUAGAGAAUAUUCUGAAGUCCUUUUACCAGAGAAGAAUCAAGGAGUAGCUCCACUAGAAAAACCAGAGUCAUUCCACUAAAGAAACCAGGACUCAUUGUUCCGGAGAUACUGGAUACUGGAUACAGGAUACUGUGAAUACUGGCUACAGGAUACUGGAUACUGGAUACUGGAUACUGGAUA